GUCCAGUGUACACCAAUCUCCCAGAUGUUUGCCGUAUGGUCAACGACUUUGCCAACCCCUGCUGUAAGAAACCAGACUGUACCAUCUCCGCUCACCCUGGUGUAAUUCAGGGAACCGGAACAACUACGCCAAACCCCGCUCUGCCUCAGACCCUCCCACCAAAACAACAAUACUGUGUGUACAAAAAUGCCCAGUAUCUCCAGGGACAGACCUGGGAAGAUGGCUGCAGCUACAAAUGUCGCUGUGACGACUCGAGCCAUGGAAUCUACACCUGUAACCAGAGGUGCCCAACAGUCACCAGUGUUACCCCAGGCUGCACAAUGAAGACUGAUCCUAGGGACUCCUGCUGUCUUGUGGAAGUCUGCCCACAGCCCACACCAGCCCCCAGUCAGACUAAGCCAGUGCCCACUAUUCAGCCCAUACCCUUCACAGGAAAGGUCAAUCUGCCCACACCUAGCUCAGUGCCCGGACAGCCAGCCCCAUCACCAAAACCAGUUGGUUUCUGUGUGUACAAAAGUGUGACCUACAUGCAAGGCCAGAAAUGGGACGAUGGAUGUGAUUACGCAUGUACUUGCUAUGACGCAGAGCAUGGAAGAUACAAAUGUGAUCCUAAAUGCCCAAGAUACAUGGAUCUUUGUGACAUGUGA